AUGGCACCAGAAAUGAUAAGUAUUGAGGAUGAUCCAGUCCGUCUCAAAAAAUUUAUUCAAGAUUUAUGUAACCAACUUGCAAUAAAUCGAGAUCAUACCAAAAACUUAGAACAAAAAUUGGAAAUUUUAAGAAAUCGUACACAAGAAUUAGAGAACCCUAUACUUUGCCAAAAUUUCAAAGGCACAGAACUUGAAAGACAGAAUGCUUUCUUGACGUUUGAAAAUCAGCAAUUAAAUGAAGAGAAUUCUGAAUUGUCAUUGAUAAUAAAAGAAUACGAAAAUACUUUACAAAUAAUUAUGAAUAAAUUUAGAAGUCAAUCAUAUGAAGUCCAACAAAAUAAAUUAGAAUUAAAACAACACUAUGAAUCAUUAUUAAAUGAGGAAAAGUCUCAAAAGGAACAAAUCAUAUCAGAGAAUGUAUCAUUACAAACACAUAUUUCAACAAUAAGUAGUUUAGUGAGACAAGCAUAUGAUGCACAGUCAGACUUAGAAAACGAUAUUCUUUUAGAAAGUUUGAUUAUUGAAAAUCAAGGAUUAAGACAAAUGUUAUCAAUAGCUGAAGGAAUAGGAUUACAAAAAGAAGAAAAUAAUAAUAAUACAUUAAUUGAAAGAAAUAAAAGUUGA